CGGCGGGGCGCCGGCGCGCAUGCGCGGGCCGCGGCGGGGAAGGGGCGGGGCGCGGCGCGGCGUGGGGUCUCCAGUCGCGCGCGGCGGCGGGAGCGGGAGGAGCGCGUGUGGAGCGUCCUGAGCCUAACGGUCUUAACGGUCCCAACGGUUCCAACCGCCCCGCCAUGGCCGCCUACCGCCUUGUUCUCGUCCGCCACGGCGAGAGCGCCUGGAACCUGGAGAACCGCUUCAGCGGCUGGUACGACGCCGACCUCAGCCCCGCCGGCCAGGAAGAGGCGCAGCGCGGCGGCGAGGCCCUCCGAGAUGCUGGCUAUGAAUUCGACAUCUGCUUCACCUCUGUGCAGAAACGGGCGAUCCGCACCCUCUGGAUCGUUCUGGAUGCCAUUGACCAGAUGUGGCUGCCUGUGGUCCGGACCUGGCGCCUCAACGAGAGGCACUACGGAGGGCUCACUGGCCUUAACAAGGCUGAGACAGCUGCUAAGCAUGGAGAGGCCCAGGUGAAGAUCUGGAGGCGCUCGUAUGACAUUCCCCCACCUCCUAUGCAGCCAGAUCACCCCUUCUACAGCACCAUCAGCAAGGACCGUCGCUAUGCUGACCUGACAGAGGACCAGCUGCCAACAUGCGAGAGCCUGAAGGACACCAUUGCCCGGGCCCUGCCCUUCUGGAAUGAAGAAAUAGUCCCACAGAUCAAGGAGGGCAAGCGAGUCCUUAUUGCUGCCCAUGGCAACAGCUUGCGUGGGAUUGUCAAGCACCUGGAAGGCUUGUCGGAAGAAGCCAUCAUGGAGCUGAACCUGCCCACUGGGAUCCCUAUUGUCUACGAGCUGGACAAGAACCUGAAACCCAUCAAGCCCAUGCAGUUCCUCGGGGAUGAGGAGACGGUGCGCAAAGCCAUGGAGGCUGUCGCUGCACAGGGCAAGGCCAAGAAGUGAGGGUAGACGCGCAGGCUAGCGAGUAGUAGAUGAGUCCCCUUCCCUCCCCGACCCAUCUGUGCACACACCCCACAGCCGUAGGAACUCGGAGCUGCAGAGCUGGAGCGGGGAGCAGCUCCCCGGGACUAGGCCAUUCCCUCUGGACCAGGCUCCCUCUGCAGACAGCCUGGGAGCCCAUGGUCUGGGGACUGUGUGCAAGGAGCUCUGGUGUGGGAGGGAGCCCUGACCUCUGCCAGGCAGUAACUGCACACACCUCUGCAUUGCCAGAUCCCAGCCCUCAGGCCCCUGUCUGCAGGGGGGGCCCAAGCAUUCCCCCUCAUGCCUGGCUCCUCCUGUGCUUUGCUUUCCUGGCAGCUCUUGUCACUCGAUUACUGUAGUUCUGUUGCUUGACUUAGUCAUUCCAGGAGCAUGACAGGAGCAGUGGUGUGAGUGCAGCACAACCAGUGACCAAGAUGGGUGUCCUCUCCCAUCAUGGGUGUGCCAGCACAGGGACCAGGCUGUCUAUAUGCUAAAGGGUUGUAUUUUGGUGCAUGACCUGCUGUGCUCCUCUGUGUGGUACAGCACCCAACAGUGGUACUUGUGACUUUGGACCUAGCUCUACCAGCCAAUGCUUUAACUUACUGCCUUUGGACAAGGGCGAGGGAGGAAGCAUGUUGUCUGGAGGUCUGGACCUGCCGCAAACUUCACCACAGCCAAAGCCAAUCCUAGUCCUGCUGCCUCAUGUUGGUGAAGCAGAUGCCAUUGUGCCCCAUCCCACAUGCGUGUACUUGGCACUGUCACUGUGGCCUCCACCCUCUGCUGGUGUAGUGAGCCUGGGUUUGCACUGGGUCAGUGUAACUGUUCAACAAUAGCAGCUGUCUUGUUCCAGUUCAAUAAAGGAGUGAUAUGCAAUAA